CAACAAUAUUUCCGUAAAGUUAUAAAUUGUAAAAUAUUAAAAAUAAAACGGUCAAAACAGAAUAUUCAGUUCAAAUAAAAAUUUUGAGAAAAUAAUAAUAUAAAAAAAAAAUAAAACCAAAUCGUUAGAAAAUAACAUACAAAAAAAAUAAUAACCACCAUGUCUGACGAAGCUACCAAUGGCAGUGCCUCACCAGCCCCACCCACCACUGAAUUGGCUGAGAUGGCUUUAGAAGAACCCAAAGUAUCAUUCCAGGAUCAAUUUAAGGCAUUCUCCAAAUUCGGCGAUACAAAGUCCGAUGGUAAAUUGAUUACACUAUCGCAAAGUGACAAAUGGAUGAAACAGGCCAAAGUAAUCGAUAAGAAAAUCACCACUACCGAUACUGGUAUACACUUUAAGAAAAUGAAGGCCAUGAAAAUCUCUUAUGCCGAUUACAAUAAAUUCCUUGAGGAUUUGGCCAAGACCAGAAAGGUUGAGUUGUCGGAAAUUAAAACAAAAAUGGCUUCAUGUGGAGCACCAGGAGUUAUGCAAUCAUCGGCUGGCAAAGCCGCUUCAACUGUAGAACGUUUGACUGAUACCAGCAAGUAUACGGGAUCUCAUAAGGAACGUUUUGAUGCCACUGGCAAGGGUAAAGGUAUCGCUGGUCGCAAAAAUCUUGUUGAUGCUUCCGGUUAUGUAUCUGGCUAUCAAAAUAAGGACACUUAUCCCGCCACUGGCAAUUAAAAUUUGUAUAAAUUUAUUAAGCAUUCUUAAAAUCUAAAUCAAAACUUUUUAUAUUAUAAAAUUUUACUAAUUUAUAUAAUAUUAGCAAACAACAACAAACAAACAAAAUGAUAUAGUAUAUAUUUAAGCCUCAACAAUUUAGUUAAGUAAGUUUAAUGUAAAUUCCUUCCUUUCUGAGAAAAAGCACAUUUUGUUAUUGUAUAAUUUCUUAAACAUUAAAAUCCUGUAAUUUUGUCUUUAGUUAAUUUUAUAAUUUAUCUUUGAAUUUUCUUUAUUUGUUUUCUUAAAUAAAUUGUGAUAUUUUUUUUGGAGUAAAAUA